UUGAAUUUCUUGUUUUGACCUAUUCUGUUAUAUCUAUUUAACUUAAACGUGCUAUAUUUCGAUAAAGAAUUGAAGAGUUUCUUUUACAAUAAGAAACACGUUUUCCCACAGUAGGAAAACACCCAACGAUUCUGUGGAAGGUGAUAUCCUGUGUUUCAGCAGUCGAGCCGCAUGAAAUUUGUUUUUGAUUUGAGAAACAGAAGAAAGGGAAAACGAAACCUACGCAGAGUAAAGCUCCGGCACCUGACAUUAAACCCUGCACCACCCACGGGCUGGUCGACUGCACUUCCUCUGUUUACUUCCUCCUAAAUACAAUCCGACCGCACUCAGUCACUCAGUCAGCCAGCGACGGACACUCGAGACACAAUGGAAAGACGACAAACCCGUUAAACUUCUGAUUCACAGAUCACGAGUGAGGAACACACGCCAAGCAUUAAGAUGGAUUACAAAUACGAUAAUGGAAUAGAACUGCUGUUGGCUCACAUGAACAUAGAGGACAUCAUCAACGCUGCGGAGACGCUGUAUCAGCUUGAUGAAGUGGAGGAGGAAGAAGGUGGCUUGUCAUUUGAGGAGGAAGGUCUCUCCCAGGAGGAGAUGGAUGAGAACGAGGAGGCAGCGGAAUCAGAGGGCCCAGGGAGUCAGCAGGACUAUGGUGAAGGGGUUGCUGGUGUUCGAUAUGGGACUGUGACAGACCUCCUGUCCUUUGUCAACCUGAUGUCCAACAUGCAGACAGCAGCCUUGAAGCACUUGCCCAAAGAGAUGGGAGUCCUGCUGAACAAGAAGUACAUGGUUGUUAAAAAGGGACGCUACCAGAUCAACAUGGACGUGCUUCUGUUUCCAUGGAAACUGACUUACAAGAAUCCCGGCCCUGGCCUCGUGCCUAAGGGCUCAUUUGGGAAAGUCCACUUGGCUCAGGACACCACCACCAGGAAGAGAAUGGCCUGCAAACUGAUCCAGAUGGAACAUUUUAAAGCAGCCGAUGUGGAAUUUCAAGCCCGGUUCCGCCAUGAGAACAUCGCCGAGCUCUACGGUGUACUGUUCUAUGACCAGAAAGUCCACCUGUUCAUGGAGGCUGGAGAGGGCGGCUCCGUUCUGGAAAAGCUGGACAGCUGUGGGCCUAUGAGGGAGUUCGAGAUCAUCUGGGUGACCAAGCAAGUGCUGCGGGGCCUGGAGUACCUGCACUCACACAACAUCAUCCAUCAUGAUGUCAAACCCAGCAACAUUGUCCUGAUGUCAGACAAGGCAGUGCUGGUGGACUUUGGCCUAACAGUGCAGAUGACAGAGGACAUAUACAUUCCCAGAGACCUGAGAGGUACAGAGAUGUAUAUGAGUCCAGAGCUGGUUCUGUGUCGAGGACAUAACACCAAGGCAGACAUCUACAGCCUGGGCACCACCAUCAUUCAUAUGCAGACUGGCAGUCCCCCAUGGGUCCAGAGGUACCCACGCACUGCCUACCCGUCCUACCUCUACAUUAUCCACAAGCAGGCCCCCCCUUUGGAAGACAUAGCAGAGGACUGCAGCCUGGCCAUGCGUUCCUUUCUGGAGCGAGCCCUGGAGAGGAACCCGGCUCUGCGGAGCUCAGCAUCCGAGCUGCUGAAGGACGAGGCCAUCAACCCGCCCAAGGAAGAUCAGCCACGUUGCUGGAGCCUUGACUCAGCCCUGGAGGAGGUCAACCACACCAUGCUACGGCAGCAGAGCCAGUACCACGACACCACACAAGAAUCUUCCCUAUACUCUGAGGACUCUGGCCACUUGAAGAGAAAGGGCUCCUUGUACAUUGACUUGGGGGCCUUGUCGGGUUACUGUAAACUGGUGACAGGCCCCCCCACUUCGGAAUAUGGCUAGCACCAUCCACACCCCACUAUGUAUGUGGCUGAACUUAAGCUGAAGCCAAAUCACUUUAAUCAACUUAAUUUUUAGGCUUCAAAGUAUGGCGCACUCUUCACUGUUGGGGGACUGAUCAAAAGUUCAGACAGGUGAACGGCUGCAGGUGACAUUAUUGAUGAACUGCAAUUGUUUACAGGUUGAAAUGAAUGGAAUUAGCUCAGCGUUGAUGCUGAAAUAAGGCUGAUGAGACUCAACAGCACUGCAGGACAGUGGCUGGAAGAUAUGCAUUGUGUAUCAGUGAGUAUUAAUUGUUAGCUAUUAGUAUAAUUUCUCAGUUCCCAUCAUUGGGGUUCUUGUACAUGCUAUAUUUCAGUGUGGUAGUUAACAUGGUAAUUAAAUGUGUGCUGAUUUUUUCCAUCAUGAAACUGUAUGUAAAAAUAAGUUAUUUUAUCACUAAAAAUGUGUAAGCUCUCUGUUAAAAUAUGUGUGCACCAUGCAAACAUGUGUGAUAUGUAGUUCUUUAUGGACUUACUUUCUCUAAUUCCUGUGGAAUAUUAACAGCAUCACAAUACUGUGCAAAUUACGCUUGUGUGGAAGGCAUGUGAGGCCUGAUUUGUGUUUUGUACAUCCUGUGAGAUGAGGCCUGCUGUGCUUUUUUACUAAAAAUACAAUUAUGUUACUUCUCUUUUCUUUAGUAUUGAGCAUAGAACUUGCCCAAACUUUGAAAAUGUAUCAUCAUACAAUAAAUGCAAUAAAAUGAAAAUCCCACACUGGUCUGUGAUAUUUUAG